GACCCUACACCCUUCGCCCCAAGAUCAAGCAGAAACGACUGUGUCCGACAGUGUGUGUGUGUGUGAGAGCGAAGAAAACAACUCACCUGUACGUAGUAACACAGCAGUUAAUUGUUUUGUGGUGGUGACUGGUGGGAGGAUGCCUGCCCCACGGUGUCUAUCUCUGUAUCUCCUGGCAGCACUCCUGAGUCUCCUCCUCUCCCCGCCCUCGCCUCCACUAGCUACAGAGCCUCUCUGCAACGAACCCUCGAGCAAACCAAAGCUCUACAUCCAUGGGUUUGUUGCCGGCAAGGAGCGACGUGUUCACCUCAGAGACCAUCGUCCCGGCUGCCAAUUUGCAUGUAAGAGAUCAUACCAAUGACAGUGUUCUCGGUGACUAUGACUGGUCAUUGAUUGGUCUGACACUCAGUGCGAUGCGUCGGAGGCAACGUGGCAGCUGAUCCAGGUGGUACUGGAAGACAACGGGACCCAGCCUGACCCUCGUAUCAUGUUCCUUGGGGGCGGCUGCUCUCCGGCCACGGAACCGCUCGCUGCUCUCUCCGGCCGAUUCUACAACGUCACUCAGGUGUCGUACGGAGCCAGCACCCCCACUCUCUCUGACAGAACAAUGUUCCCAAAGUUCUUCAGAACCAUUCCCUCGGAGGUCCAGGCCAACAGCGCUCGGUUUGCUCUCAUGGAGCGGUUCAACUGGGAGAGAGUGGCCACCCUUCACGAGACCAGGAACAUCUUCUCUCUGACGGUGAAUAACUUCAGGGCCCAGUAUUUCACAAUCUUCAGGAACAGCAGUGACGGAGCCUCGGCCGACGACGAGGACAAUAACCUGGUGGUGAGGUCAUUCACCGAUGACCCCGAGAUCCCUCUCAGACAGAUUCGAGACAAGGAUAUUCGUAUCAUACUGGCCUACAUGUAUGAGGACAAGGCCCUGAAUACCACCUGCCAGGCCAUCCACCUGAACCUAACUACAGAGAACCACCUGUGGAUAUUCCCGGCCUGGUACCCCACCGACUGGUGGAACGAGACUGUCUACAUCAAGAACAGAGAUCCUUGCACUCCAGACAUGAUGAGGGAGGCAGUUAUGUACUCCAUCUACCUGGACUCCUACAACGAAACUCUGAAUAAAGACAUUCCUGCAGACAGUGGCUUGACGAUAGAUGAGUUCCUGGUGAAGUACGAGGCCGCCCUGGAGGAGUUCCGGACCAGUGGUCUCUACUAUGGAGACGAUGACCCUCACCACUAUGCCACCUUUGCCUACGAUGCCGUCUGGACCAUGGCCCUAGCCCUCCACCGAGCCAGCCAAGUCCUCGAGGGAGAUGAGGUCUACCUCCAUAACUUCACCUAUAGUAACACUCUCGGUAUCACUGAGAAUAUCACGCAGCAGAUGAGCACUCCGUCGUUCCGUGGCAUAUCCGUGAGUUGGUUCCGGCUGGAGAGUUUUUUCGUUGUUUCUGCAUGAUGAAAAACAACAGUGUUUGUGUGUGGGUAUGAGGUAUAGGGGCAUCAUUGUAUGUAUGUAUUCCACAUUCAGGGGGAGAUUGCAUUUGAUGUGAAUGGAUCAAGACUAGGCCACAAUGGUAUCUAUCAACUAGUUCCAAGUGAUGAUGGGGAAAGUCUGGAGCUGAAGCUGCUCUAUGUGCAGGACCCUCACCAAGUCGACAGCAAGCUACCAACCAACUUCUCAGAGUGGCUGUGUGAACCUCGGUGGAAAGGUGAUGGUCCACCACAUGACAGGAGACAGCCAGACACCAAGUACCUCAACUCUAGCCUCAUCUAUGCCUGUGAUUUCUUCAUCUCCGUGGCCAUCGUUGUGGCCGUGGGGCUACUGGUCUUCAAUCUCGCCACUAUUUGGAAACCGCUGAUCCGUGACUCUGCCCCCAUCAUCAACACCAUAAUCAUCUGUGGUUGUCUCCUGAUGCUGGUGACGUGCUACAUGUUGGGAGUGGACACCAAGACACCCACCCAGGACGGAGACAAUCCCUCAGAUGCUGACGAGGACAACACCGAGUCUGGUAGAGAGGACAUCAACCAGCAGAGAGACUCUCGCUAUGCCAACAUCUGCAUUCUCCGUCUGUGGUUGUUCACACUGGGAUUCAGUCUCUCGUUCGGAGCUCUCUUUGCCAAGACCUGGCAGGUCUACAGAGUCUACACAAACCCUAAACUCAAGAAGCAGCCAUUCAAGAUGUGGAAUUUCCUGAUAAUCUUGGGAGUGUUUCUGUUCAUCGAUGUCCUGUAUCUCAGUAUAUGGACCGGUGCCUUCCCCUUCAGGAGGGCCCUUGCACAGAGAGAGAACGAUGCGGCGGACACACUGGAGGUGUUUGAAAAGUGUGUCUGUGACAACUUCAACUACCUCAUCGGAGCUCUCUACGUCUACAAGGGUCUCCUGGUGGUGUUUGGGCUGUUCCUGGCCUACGAGAGCCGCAACGUCAAGUACUACUACAUCAACGACUCUCGGUUCACCAGCAUCGCGGUCUACAUCGUGGUCAUUGUGGUGGGUAUUGGAGCCCCGCUGAGUCUGGUCCUCUCUGAGCACCUGUUUAUCGACCCCGCCUACUCCCUGACGGUGCUGAUGGUCAUACUGGCCACCAUGGCCUGCCUCCUCAUCCUCUUCAUACCCAAGUUUGUGUACAUGGCGAAGGGUAAGGAGACGAUGGUCAACGAGAACACGAGGGAAGAGGUGACGGCAGGAGACGGACUCCAGCUGGGGCGGACCAGUGUCGACCAGACCGACAUGCAGACUGCAGAGGAAGAAGUUAGACACCUGCAGGAGAGGGUCGGAAAAAAGACGUCAGAGCUGCACACUCUGGAGGACACCCUCCAGUCACCCACCAAACCCUCCCCAAAGUCGCAGUGUGGCUCCGACGGGGACAGCGGGGUCCUGGUGACCACCACCGACGAGCAGCCCGAGGUGUUCAUCUCCGAGACGAGUCGGGGUACUCCGGAGGAGCAGGCCUCCGGGAGGAUCCCCCAACAACCCCUCCUCCACUGA